AUGAAUCAGCGAAAUAUUGAGCCAUGCUGGACAUGUCGCAAUCGGCGAAUUCAAUGUGAUCAGACCUGUACACCAUGCAAGAAAUGCCAGAAGGCCGGAUUGGAAUGCUUUGAUAAGAGGCCCUUUCGAUGGGUCAAGGGUGUUGCUAUUCGUGGCAAUAUGCGAGGUCGCUCAUUUCAAAAUAAUACCGAGUCUUCGAGUGAGGAUAAUGAUAAUAUGAUAUCUGUCUCCGCGCGGGUCAAGCCUGCGACGAACUCCGAGUCGGAGUUCCAUUCGCACCUGCAUUUCAAUGAUAAUGAACGCAUAUGCAAACUUUUCAUCGUAUAUGACAGUGACCGAAAUCCCUUCAGAAGCCUCAUCCCCUUGGGCCUGAAGGACCCAGUUCUUCUGAAGUCUCUCCUUGCACUUGCUGCUCGGCACCAUGUGAAUACAGGGAGAUCUUUCCACUACGCAAAUCUUCCCACAGAGCCCGGCCUAAUCAAUGCAAAUCGGGAUGCUCUCUCAUUUAAACACCAAUCCAUAGAGGCAUUAUCGCGCUCAGUGCAACAUGACCAAUUGCGCAAUCAAGACACAACAGUCGCCAGCAUUUUCCUUCUGAUAUUCCUGGAUCUGAUAGAAUCUGGUGGAGACGGCUGGAACUUUCACCUUGAAGGCGUGAAGAAAUUGAUUACGUCUCUAUAUUCUCAAUCAGAACUUCAAGCUGGUGUCAACUAUGGACCCGGUGAGACUGUGCAAGAGAUUCGGGGAUUCAUCACCAACCAAAUCCAUUUAAUUGAAACUCUGGGGGCAACUUUCUUGCGUCCAAAAUUACUAUCACAGUUCAGCUCAUUUGGUCAGCAAGAACUGCAACUCCAGGAAACCGUUGAGAAGUCGUUCCUUGGGUGCCCAGAGUACAUUUUAACAGCUAUCCAAUGUCUUUCGGUGCAAAGAGAUAGCAUCUCAAGUUCUGCAUCACUUGAUUUAGCCACAGUUGCCUCACAUAUAAGAGAGACGGAAUAUUUGAUGCAAUUUGUGCAAAACUUUGAUUGCUAUGCCUGGGCCUCAAAUCUGCAACGUUCUCGAAAUCCUUCAGCCCAGGAAGUUUCCAACUUAUGUAUACUUUCCCAGUCCUAUAAGCUUGGGACCCUAUUAUAUGGAAGAAGAAUCCUCGAUGCAUUGAUCAAGGAAGAGAGUGUGCAAGAUGAACUGAUCUCCGAAUUAUUGGGCCUCAUUGAUUCUUUAAAGGAUGAUCCAGAUUUAUUCAAAUGCAUUCUGUGGCCAGUAUUCGUCGCUGGGUUGGAAUGCAAAUGGCAAGCCCAGCGUGAUUUUCUCAUUGGUUGUCUGGAGAGAUUUUGGACAUUGACAAGUUGUUUAAAUGCUGUUAAUGCAGCCAAGAUAUUACGGGAUCACUGGCAGGAGAAGGACUCCGAGUCGUCAAAUAAUCCCAAAACACAGUGGAUUUUUGACAUUGGUAAACUAGGUCGGGACUGGCUUUGGAUUUGA